AUUUAAUCGAGUCAACAAAAUAUUUAGUAUUUGACAACGGAUCUAGAAGAUUUUUAUUCAUUGAACAAUACGACCGCUGUCGGCUUCGAAUACUUUAUAAAAUAUAUAUAUACAUAUGUACAGGAUUACGGUACACAUUUUAAACUAAAAGAAUAUAUUCAAUAAAAGUGAAUACAUUCACAAAAUAAAUGUUUCGAAGCUUUCAAAAAAGUCGCAAUAGAUACUAUUAUUCCUUCUUUCUCUUUUUGGUAAUAUUUGUCAAAAUGAUUUUAUAUCCAUUUUGAUGCUAUAUAUACUCUGUCACUGAUUAUCAUGCAAGAAUUAAAACUCAUUUUUGAUAGAAUAAAUAGAAAAAGCAGUAAAAAUAUUCUAAUUAUGCUACGUAUAUAUCAUUAUAAUAUUUUCUUGAUUACCUUACAUAUAUUAAGAUAUAAAACCAGUGAUCAUUUUUAGAAAAAAUUAAAGUAAUGACAAGAUUUACUUUCACUGAUAAAACAAUCAGAGAUUUGACAAGAAACAUUCUAAAUCUGAAUGCAAAGCAAGUUUGAAACGACACUCCUGAAGAUUUUCGACCAAUGUUAUCGUUCAGUUCUUUCAUUUCGACAUUAGGUUACAAUGGUGGCCUCCUGUAUUGAUUAAAGUGGCAUUCACCAGGCCCUGGACAAAUUCUCAUAUAUCUAGGCUCACAAAACUUGUCGUCAGAUAAGAACUUGACACAAUGUUUACAAAAUUUAAAUAGUAGAAAAACCAAUAGUAGUAGGAAUUAUUUCAUCUGUGGGAAAUGUUCGAGUAAGACAUUGUACUUGUUAUUUUUUCAAAUAUCUUGUAUUUCUUACAUAGUAAUAUCAUUGGUCUGGUGGGAUGAUGUGUAGAAAGAAUGUAAAGUGAAUUCCAGAUGACUGUAGUCCACAUCCCGGAUUAUUAUCGUGUUAUAUCUCUCACUAUUCUACAUUGGCUUUCUUAUUAAAGCGUGUCCUCUGUCGCGAUUCUGCAGGUCACCAGAGGUAGCUCACAAAACAGCGUGAAGAUGGAAUUUCUUCUGAUAAUAGUCAGCGCAGGUGAGUUUCUCCAGUUCGUGCAUUUAAAACUUUAAAAUCGCCACUUAAGUACCUGUUCCUUCUUCUUCUAUCGUGUUUUUAGAAUCCCUGUGUGUAUUGAAAGAUCUGCGAUGUAAAUCCAUUCCUGACAAAUUUAAAUUCCAAGACAGCAAUGCACUGAUAUUUUUCUAUUUUCUCCAAACGUGAAAAUAUACCACACAGUGGCAUAAAGACAUUUUAUUCUGACAUCUGCAUGGGACUAUAAAAAGGCAAUUAAGUGAAGAUGGAUGGUGCAUAUUAUUCCCAGUCGAUGUACCAGCGGGAUAAUUAUGGCAUAUCGGUAUCUGUUCCUGGACCGUAUGGGACAUCCCAACCACCUCCAGCAUGUAUAUAUCAGAGGAAUUCAAACCUAGGAUAUGGUGGACACCCAAUGCAAGUGGUUGAACAAAAUGAAUCGUCCAAUACUGUUAAUCACCAAAUGGCACCACAACAGAAUCUCCAGACUACACAAGGGACUGGACAUUCUCCCAUUGCUAAUACCACACCUGCUCACAUGCAAAAUCCCAUGCAAAUGACCCCUGGAAUCAUACCAACGGUGUCUCAACCUCCCCCGGCUCACUCUCAAACGAUGCCCCCCUCUACAACAACAAGUGGUAGUGGAAACGGAAACCAAUCUGGUGGGAAUUCAAAUCAACAUUUACAAUUUCCCUGGAUGAAAACAACUAAAUCACAUGCUCACCAAUGGAAGGCGCAAUGGCCAGGUGCUCAAUUUCCAUUGGAAGAUGAUAACAAGCGGACGCGCACAGCUUACACACGUGGCCAGUUGCUGGAGCUUGAAAAGGAAUUUCAUUUUAACAAAUACAUUUCCCGACCACGGAGAAUAGAGUUAGCAGCGAUGUUGAAUCUUACUGAACGCCAUAUUAAAAUUUGGUUUCAGAAUAGACGUAUGAAAUGGAAAAAGGACGAGGCUAAACGAAGGCCUCGCCCUCUAAACUCUUCGAACAUUAAAAAUGCUGUUUCACCACCUGAAUCUCCCGUCUUGACAGAUUUAUCUCCCGUGUCAAACGGAAGUGAUGUUUCUUCUCCAAAAGAAAACGAAGCGGGUGAAAUUUCCCCAAUGAACAAAAAUGCUUUGGACAAAAACACUCUUUCAUCGCCGAAGGAGGAAGUAGCCACGUGAUAAUGACACACACAGGGUUAUGCGUAUCAAAUACAGUCCCUUGGAAAGCUAACGAAAACAGACAUAUGUGUUCUAUAUUUAAAUUUCAUGUUGGUGAUUUUCCUUCAUUUUAGUCCACUGAGUGUCAUUUUACAGAGUAGAUGCGAAUUGAUACCCAGACAUAAACCAAUAUUGUUUUUUCAUAACAACAACAACUGUCCCCUCAUUCUACUGUUUUAAAUUAAUAUUGUGUAUUAAAUCGUAUGUUACUUAUUUUGUAUUUGAGUCGUGUAAAUGUAGCUCCUUGAGCUGUUAUCAAAGCAUUGCACAGUAUAUUUGCAGUUUAAGGUUACAUGUAUAUUAACGAUCAAUAUAUGUACUACCGGUGCACGAUCAUACAUGUACAUCUGAAAUGUGAACGAUUAAAUGUACAAAUGAGUUACCAAUAUAGACACGCUGUGUAAAUGUUUUUCAGUUCAUCGACAAUUUUAUGUCCAUGUACUUAAAAAUGGUGUUAAUAUUCUUUUAAAUUACAUUGAUACGUGUACACGUGUAUAUGUGAAUAAACACGCCAAUGCAGCGCUC